GUAACAAAAACUUCCUCCCCAACGUCUUCGCAGAGACACGAGAACGAGUUGCUUUUGUUCGUCCGUUGUCUGAACUUUGUAUUUUUUCUUUGGAUCUAUUUUUCUACCUGCUGUUUUUUUUUUUUAAAUGGCAGAACAACACACUGGUAAAGGAGCCACCGCUCCAACGGUGUUUGCUGAUGGAUCCAGUGUCGUGUCUGCUGAAAAAUUUCAAAAUGUAACAGCAAAAGCAAUGUCCAUCACAAUUGAAAGUGAAAGCAACUCAGGGAGUAGUGCAUCUGGGACCGUUGGACCUCAGGCUGAUCACACUGCAUGUGAUGGUAGCGUGAUACUUGCUAAUACAUAUUCUAAUGUGACCAUCGAUGGCGACGUGAAUUUCUCCAUAACUGCGAAAAAAACCCAGGGAGCGUCACAUGCAGGUAAAGAAGUGGAGGACACGACUCCUCAGGGUCCUGCUGUGAAGCUGAUCACUGAGACCAGAGUGAAGCUCAUCACCUGCCUCCGAGCUGAUCUCAUCAUUCUGCAGCAUGUGUACGCCAAACACGUCAUCACCCAACGGGAAUACGAGAACCUGAAAUCUGCUCCUCGGCCAGAAGAUACCGUCAUCGAGCUGUUAGAUACUGUGAUACGUAAAGGUCAAGAGACCUGCGAGAAGUUUCUGCAGGUUCUCAAAGAGCCUCAAGUCCUCGCUACUUAUCCACAGCUGACAGGAAUCAUGAAGGCGGCUGAGUGAUUCUCUAAGAGCACAAGACUUAAUGUGUGGUUGGGUUAUUGCUGUGUAACUGUGUGAUAGUAGAAUAAAUGAAUGUAAAUAUGAAAAAUAUAGUUUUAUGACUUUUACGGGAAGUUUUAUGUACUGUGGUAAAUCAUCUUUAACCCACCAGAGGUCGCUGUUGUACAGGUUUUGUUGGUAAACUGGGACAAACACGUGGAGAAAGUUGUUAGUUGCUUCAUGUUAAAGAAAGAAACCUCCAUGGUGGUAACUGGAAUAACUUGAAACGGACAAACUUAAUAAUAAAUAAAAACCUGAAACUGA